AUGGAUUCUGCUGAAGUUUUGUUUCUACCUAAAGCUAAGGCUCCACAAGCAAAAGCUAGUACCGCUAAAGCUUCACAAGCAAAAGCGCCAGUAGCUAAGGCUACAAAAUCUGAUGCUACUAAAGCCAAGUCGUCAAAAGUUAAGACUUCUAAAGUCAAGACUACGGCUACGGCAGAUAAAGGCAAAAGAAAGGUUACUGUGCAUGAAGAUAUAUAA